ACAACAUGAGCUCAUAUUUUCGUGCUGCAAACUUUGUCGACAGUGACGAAGAGGAAGAUCGUUCAGAAGAGGAAGUUUCUGAAGAAGAAAUCACUGAUUCUGAAGAAGAGGAAGAAUCCACCAAGAAAAAAGGCUUCUUUAAUAAAGCUAAAAUGGUAGAUUCUGAUGAUGAGGAAGGUUCUGAUGAAGAAUCUGAUGAGGAAGAUAAAGAAACAAAAAAACCAGCCAAAGAAGAACCUAAAUCAGCACAAUCCGAGCUUGACGAUAAGAGGAAAAAAUGGUUCCUUGAAAAUUCGGACGAAGAAGAGGAAAGUGAUUACUCUGAUGAUGAAUGGGUAUCAGAGGAAGAAGAAGAAGAAGAAGAAAGAGCUGAAGUCAAGUCUCACAGAGAAAAGUAUUUAGAUGAAUUGCGUGAAAUAACUGAAAAGGUUCAAGAUAGUAUUAUGGACAACAACUGGAAGGUUGUUUCUGACGAUAUUGUUGAAGUCGGCAAGGUUCUUGAAAAGAUUCAAAAAUUAGAUGAAUACAAAGGAAAGAAGAAGGUUCCUAAUCUUUAUGUUAGAUUCUUGGUUUAUUUGGAAGAUAGAUUGGAAGAAGCCAAGGAUAAGAAAGCCGAUUUAAAAACUAAUGAUGCCAAACUUCUCACAACACUUUACAGCAAAAUUAAAAAGGCCAACAAGCCAUACGAGGAAUUGAUGAAGGCAUGUAAAACUGAACCAGAAACUUACCAAGAUACUGAAGAUGAAGCCGAACCUGUUGUUAAAGUUAAACAACCAAAGACAUCAUCAGUUCCACUCAAUGAUAUCCAAAGGCUUAUGGCUGAUUUAACAUCAGGCACUAUUGAAGAAAAGAUUGCUGAAAUCGGAAGAGUUAAAGGAUACAAGGGAACUAAUCCAAAGGAAUCACUUCUUCAAUUGAAGAUUCUUUUGGCUCACUCCCAUGAACCAAAGACUAGAAUUCAAUUAUUGCUUUUGAUUGUUCUUACUAACUUUGAUUUACCAAAGGGAACAAAUAACUACCUUUCAAUUGAUACUUGGAAAAAUGCUUGUUUCGGUCUUAUUAGACUUGUUAAACUUAUUGAGGAUCAUCCUGAAUUAGUUAUUGUUGAAUCUGUUGAUCAAACAUUGGGUGAAUCACUUCCUGAAGGUGAAACCUCUGAACCUAACAAAGCUGGUCAAGUUGUCAUCAAGGGUAAUAUUGCAUCAAUUUUGGAAAGAUUGUACGAUGAAUUUAUUACUAGCUUGCAAUAUACUGAUCCACAUACACAAGAUUAUGCAAAGAGAUUGAAGGAUGAAUACUUGCUCAUUGAAGCUGGAGAAAGAGUCUAUACAUUCUACUCUAAGAGAAACAAUAAGAGAAAUCUUGCUCGUGUUGCCUUCAAAUUAUUUGAACAUUUAUAUUAUAGAAAGCAAGAAGAUCACGAUAACCUUCUCUCUGCCCAAAGAACCAAUGCUCUUAAAUCACUUGAAGAAGCUAAGGAAAAUUGGAUUGCUGAAGAAAAGCUCAUGGUUUCAACAGAAGUUACUCCAACCGUUGACCCAUUCGUUAUUGACUCGCCGGAUGUCAUUGAACCAAAUCUGACGAAGGUUUUGUCCCAUCUCUCUACUAUCAUAUAUGAAAAUGGAACAGAACAUUCCAAGAUACGAACACUCUUGAUGCACAUUUAUCACAGAGCUGUUUAUGGUAAAUUCUUUGAAGCUAGAAAUCUCCUUGUCACCAGCAAAUUGCAAGAUACUAUUAAUCAUUUUGAUAUUCCAACCCAAAUUCUUUUCAACAGAGUUAUUGCUCAAAUUGGUAUCUGUGCUUUCAAGAAUGGUUUGAUCCAAGAAUCUCAUAGUGCUUUGCUUGAACUUUACAGUUCUCAAAAGCAAAAAGAAUUGCUUGCUCAAGGUUUGUCAAGCAACAGAUUCCAACCACAAACUGGUACUGUUCAAAAGAAGGAACAAAAUGAAAAGAUUGAAAGAAGUAGAUUGAUUCCAUACCAUCAACAUAUCAGUGUUGACUUGAUUGAAGGAAUUCACUUGAUCUGUGCAUUGCUUUUGGAAGUUCCAAAUAUGGCUAUGCAUUCAUUCUCCAACGUUAAGCCUAAGGUUAUUAACAAGGCUUUCAGACGUGUUUUGGAAAACUUUAGCCGUCAACACUAUGUUGGUCAACCAGAAAAUACUAAGGAACGUAUUAACUCUGCUUUCCAUUUACUUUCAUCAGGUGCUUGGGAAGAAGCUUACAAGACCCUCCUUGCUUUGGAAGAUAUAUGGAGCUUGAUUCCUGACAAUGAACCUGUUAAGGAAAUGUUGAAGAAGAAGGUUAAGGUUGCUGCAUUGAAGGCCUACAUUUUCAAGUAUAGCAGACAUUAUGAAACAUUCUCUGUUGAUUUAAUGGCUAAGAUGUUUGAUCUCCCAUCUCCAUCUGUGCAUUCAAUUGUCAACAAGAUGAUCAUUUCUGAAGAAUUCUAUGCUGCUUUUGACCAAACCAACAAUACUAUUGUCGUUUAUCACUCUGCCCCAACUCCACUCCAAUAUCUUGCCCUCCAAUUGUCAGACAAAAUUUCCUCCCUUGUUGAAUAUAACGAAAAGCUUUAUGAAGCCAAGCAAAGUAAUACUGCUUACGUUGUGAUGACUGAUCACAAACAAGCAAAGAGAUCAAAGCAAAAGAACUCAAAGCAAAAUCAAAAUCAAAAAGGAAACAGAACAAACAACAAUAAUAACAACAACAAGCACAAUAAUCAAAGAAAGCACAACCAGAAGAAGGAAAAGACUGAACCAGCCGCUGUUGAACAAAAAUAAAUAAUAAAACUAAAAUUAUUUUCUAUU